UAUAUCGGAUACAAACAUACCACACGAUCAUAACGUUUGUGGAGUUUCUCGCGAGUUAUCUGAAUAUAAACUUGGAAACAUCUGUUUAUUGUGAGUAAAAAAAGUGAACAAAAAAUGAUGAUUAAAAGUAGUGGCCGACAAAUUGCACUAAUUUCGAAUUGGAAUGUACGUCGAUUAUCUGCUGUUGCACAGGCUCAAGUGAAGACUGAUGCGAACGACGAGCAAGAGUGGAACAAUGCAAAACCUUACGCAUCUCUUCCUGGACCCUCAAAAUUUGAAAUAUUGAGAUACUUCUUGCCAGGAGGCAGAUAUUACAAACUCAACAUUAUCGACAUGAUGAAAGGAUUGAACAAGGAUUAUGGAUCGAUUAUGAAACUCCCGGGAAUAUUGGGUAAACCAGACAUGGUUGUGACGUUCGAUCCCAAAUAUUCGGUAAUCAUUUUUCGGAAUGAGGGACACUGGCCCAUUCGCAGGGGCAUCGACACGUUCGAAUAUUAUCGCAAGAAAAUUCGGCCCGACAUCUUCCAAAAGAGUUCCGGAUUGGUCAAUGACCACGGUGAAUCGUGGGCGAAUCUGCGUACGGCUGCCAAUCCGAUUAUGAUGAAACCGAAACUGGUAAGGGCGUACAUUCCUGACAUCGAUACGGUAGCCAAGGAUUUCAUUCGACGAGUUACGACCAUUCGAGAUGAGAAUAAUGAAAUGCCAGAUGAUUUCCAAAAUGAAUUGAACAAAUGGUCACUUGAGUCUAUUGCACUGAUAGCGCUCGAACAUCGACUGGGUCUUUUAAGUGAGGUUGAUAAUCCAGAAAAUCAAAAGUUGAUCAACGCGGUCAAAGACUUUUUCCUGCUUGCCUAUGAACUUGAUGUUCAGCCGUCGAUUUGGAAGUACUACAAAACACCAACGUUCAACAGAUUAAUGGAAUCGUUUGAUGUUAUGACGACCUUGUCGAAGAAGCAUAUAGAUAGAGCCAUCGAGCGCAUAGGAAACCAAACAGAAAACGACGAGUCGCAGGAAGAAAGUGUCCUAAAGAAAAUUCUUCAAGUUGACAAAGACUAUGCAGUUGUAAUGGCUUUAGACAUGCUGCUAGCUGGAAUCGACACGACAUCCGCUGCGGUGUCUGGCCUUUGGUACAAUCUAGCCAAAAAUCAAAAAGCACAGGACAAGUUGCGUGAAGAAAUUAUGAAACUUCUACCCGAUGUUCAUGCACCACUAACACCAGAAAGUCUUAAUAGUCUGCCGUAUAUGAGAGCAUGUGUCAAGGAAUCGUUAAGAGUGGCGCCCAUUGUUGGGGGUAAUAUGCGCUGCAUAGAUCGGGACAUUGUUCUUGAAGGAUAUCAGAUACCAAAAGGAUCGCACUGUGUGAUGGGAAGUAUGACAAUGGCGAAAGACGAAAAAUUUGUGGAAAGGGCCGAUGAAUUUAUACCGGAACGUUUUCUGAAAGAAACGCAAUCAGGAUGUCCAAGCGCAAAGGACUUUCAUCCGUACCUUAUGCUUCCGUUUGGUUUCGGGGCUCGGGCCUGUAUUGGCAAGCGUUUUGCUGAAAUGGAAAUUGAAGUUCUAACAAUUAGAUUGCUGAGGGAAUACAAAAUCGAAUGGAACUAUGAGCCGAUCAGUUAUGCAAAUGGAUUGAUCGUAACUCCUGCAUCAAAGUUGAAAUACAGAAUCACCGAGCUGUAAAAUAGGAGUCAAACUUUGUAAUGCGUCACUUAAAAUAAUAUCAGCUGUUACGGACUAAACACAGGGAUUUGCGUCACAUUUCCUUUAUUAAACGUUAAUUACUCAAAUUAGCAAUUCGAAGAAAAUCACAUUCGCCAGUCAUUGUAUUAAUGCAAGUCAUCCACAAUGUGGAUUCCACAUACUACCUCAAUAAUUCUAAAUAUCUAGAUGAAAACCCAAAAAAAAUCAGUCAAAAAUCCUUCAAAUCCUAGAAUUCCACAAGUGGGAGGGGUGGGCGAAGAAAACUUUUUUCGCCAUUGUUUCUAAUUUGACUUCCGGAAUGUAAUUCCUACAAUAAAUCGAUUAAAUGAUUGCAAUUAUUUUCUCCUAGCUGGUCAGGAUGAUGACCGCGUGUGCAAAUAAUAUUUUUUCCUUAUAGCAAAAUUCGACCAAAUUUCCCAGUAAUAAUACUGGAAUUUCCCAGUAAAGAAUAUUAAU